GCUCCUGAUGGGCUUCAUGGGCGUGACGGCCUUCCUCUCCAUGUGGAUCAGCAACACGGCCACCACCGCCAUGAUGGUGCCCAUCGCCCAGGCGGUCCUCCAGCAGCUGCACAAGUCGGAGCUGGAGCAGAGCAGUGCGAAGCGGGCGGCCGCCCAGAACGGGACCCUCAACCGGGCCUUCGAGAUGCAGGAGGCCCCUCCUCUGCCAGGGAACCCCCACGUGCAGGUGGUGAUGAAGGAGAAGGUCCCCGAGGAGCCCGGCCCGAAGCUGGACGAAGACCACGAGCAGCUACAACAGAAGCACGAGAUCUUCUCCAAGGGGAUGAGUCUGGCCGUCUGCUACUCCGCCAGCAUCGGCGGCAUCGCCACCCUGACGGGCACCACCCCCAACCUGGUCAUGAAGGGGCAGAUGGACGAACUCUUCUGCCGCAACGACAACGCGGUGAACUUUGGCUCGUGGUUCAUCUUCGCUUUCCCCGCCAUGUUGGUGCUGCUGAUCCUCUCCUGGUUGUGGCUGCUGGUGAUGUUCCUGGGCUUGGAUUUCAAGAAGAAUUUCGGCUGCGGCACCAGCGAGGCGGAGAAGCGGAAGUCCGAGCAGGCGUACAGCAUCAUUAAGAGCGAGUACCGGGCGCUGGGCCGGAUGAAGUUCUCCGAAGUGGCCGUCCUCAUCCUCUUCAUCGCCCUGGUGGUCCUUUGGUUCACCCGGGAGCCAGGCUUUAUGCCCGGCUGGGCCAACGCCCUCUUCAGCCAGAGGGGGAAGAGCUACAUCACGGACGCCACGGUGGUCAUGUUCAUUUCGCUGCUGAUGUUCCUGAUCCCCUCCGAAAUGCCCAGGUGCUCUUCCAGGGCCCAGGACGAAGGCAGCCCGGGCCGGAUCCGCGCGCCCCCCGCCCUCCUGGACUGGACCACGGUCAACCGCAACAUGCCCUGGAACAUCGUCAUCCUGCUGGGAGGGGGCUUCGCCUUGGCCAAAGGCAGCGAGGCCUCCGGCCUGUCCGGCUGGUUGGGGAACAAGCUGACCCCCCUGCAGAACAUCCCCCACCCGGCCAUCGCCUUCCUGCUCUCCCUGCUGGUGGCCGUCUUCACGGAGUGCACCAGCAACGUGGCCACCACCACCCUCUUCCUGCCCAUCCUGGCCUCCAUGGCCCAGGCCAUCCAGCUCAACCCGCUCUACGUGAUGCUGCCCUGCACCCUCGCGGCCUCCCUGGCCUUUAUGCUGCCGGUGGCCACCCCCCCCAACGCCAUCGUCUUCUCCUACGGCAACCUCCAGGUCAUCGACAUGGUCAAAGCCGGGUUCAUGCUGAAUAUCCUGGGCGUCCUGACCAUCAUGCUGGCCAUCAACACCUGGGGCAUCCCCAUGUUCAACCUCCACCAGUUUCCAGCCUGGGCACACCCCAACGCCACUCAGUGCUGA